UAUGGCAGAAGGAGGAAAUGGAAAUGCCACUGGGGCAGUUACAGACUCUAACCCUUCAACCCCAGCAACUCCAACAAUUACAAUUCAGCCAGCAGGAAUGUCAGAAAGGCAACAAAGACUAAUUGAAGACUAUGAUAGAUUGGUGAGUGAAAUGAAAAGAAAUCGAAUCACAAUUCCAACAGAUCAUGGACAUGGAACACAUCACCCAGCACAGAACCCAAAUGUUGAUAUCACAACAGUUAUUCAAGCAUUAAGGGCUGCUUGGGAUUGCCCUCAAAGAACUAUUCUCAAGUUGUAUGAUGGAAGCAACGAGUGUUCAAAAUUCAAGGAAGACUUUAAUCAGGCAUGUUAUGCUUAUGGUUGGAUUGGUGAAGAUGUUGUGAAAGCAAAUCUUUUAGAUUAUUUAACUGGUCCUGCAAAGGAUUUGGUGUUGGCUCUGGAUGGAGAGCCUACUGUGGAGGAAAUAUGGAAAGCCCUCCAUGAUGAAUUUGAUCUGGAUCCUUUGGAGUAUCAAGAGAAAUUGCUUAACUUAAAGCAAAUGAAUGGCGAAAGUGUGGUUCAGUUUGUUAAUAGAGCAAAGAAAUUAAUAAAGAGGUUUUCUCUGCCUAGACCAUUUACUCAAAUACAUAUUACUGGACUUGGAAAAGAAUUAGAUCAAUCAUCAAGACCAACUACAACAAUUGGAACUGAAGAAAUUGUUAUGACACAAACACCAACAAUUGCAGAAGCAACCAGUCAACAAUUAACAACAUUUACAGAACAAACUGCAACUACAACUAGUGAUGAAGAAAUAAUUGAGGCAGCAGCUAGAGCAGAGGCUGCAACAACUCUUCAAAUAAAUGAUUGUAAUACUGACAAUUAUACACAAAUUGAUAUUGGUUUAUUAGAAGAAUUGGGAAUAAAUUUAGAAGUUGGCCAAGAAAUAGAGAUGGAAGAGAUAAAUGAAGGAGAAGAAGAAGAAGGAGAAAUUGUUGAUCAGUUUUAUUUUAAUUUACAAGAGAAAAAUGAAAAAAAGAUAGAUAUAGGUAAUAUGUUGAUUGUUCAAAGAAGCAAUAAUAUUAUGGUAGACACUAAUUCUUUGAAUAUUAUUGAUGCAAGUCAAAGAUUAUUUUUAAGAAAGGUUAAACCACAAUUUACAAAUGUAACUGAUUUUACAAUUUUAACAGAUCAAUUUGUUAAUUUAAAUGAAAAAAAAUGGGAAAAGUUACAAGCUAUAAUUAAAACAGAAAAAAAAGUACAAAUGUUUUGUAUAGAAAAUUUAGAAAUGGAUGAUUUACUUCCAAUUGUAACUGGUUGGAAAUUAAUUACAAGUAAUCUUUUUGUAUAUAUAAAGCAUAAUUCUAAAAAUGUUGACAUUAAGAAAAUUGUUAAGCAGUUACCUUUUUCCAAAAAUAAUUUGUAUUUCACAAAAAAAUCAUUUGAUAAGAAUAUUUGUCAAGAUUUGAAAGUAAUGGGAUGUAAAUUAUUAAACCAUCCUAAUGAAAUAUGUAAAAAAGAAGAAACUCUUGUUAUUAGAUUGCUUAAAGAAUUAAUAUCUGUUGUUAAAAAUUAA